AUCGAUUACCCGAGUUUGCGGAACCAUUUUUGAAUACUUUUAACCACAAUUUGUUUUACGCGGAGCUUUGAUUUUUACCAAAGAGGACGGUGGCAGACUUGCCGAAUAUGGGGCCUCUUGCCAGUCGGGACGUGUUUUCGUGGCUGUUGUUGGCUUCUGUUCUCCAGGUGUCGAGUGUUCGUUUGGCGGAGGCCAGUUACCUGUGCACUGCAUACCUGAACAUUUCAUACACCAACCCUGAAAAUAAUAGAAGCACCUGGUUUCAAGAGGAGAUGGGGCUGUAUGGACAAGACUCACCCAAAGCUUAUGUCAAGGGGAAUGUGUAUUUAGCUUCUCCGACCUAUGGCUGUGAUGAUGACACCUUUUAUGGCCGACCGAACGGCUCCAAGGGCUGGAUCGCCUUAAUCCAACGCGGAAACGGCUGCACUUUUACCGAAAAAAUUAACAUUGCGGCUAUGAACGGGGCUGCUGCUGCUAUCAUCUUCAACGACUUUGGAUCAGAAAAUCGGGUCAUUCAGAUGUCCCACCCAGGCACAACUAUCGUUGCGAUUAUGAUUGGCAACUACCGCGGGAUGGAGCUGGUCCAGCUGCUGGAUCAAGGCGUUCCCGUUGCUAUAGCGAUAGAGGUUGGGAAACAGCACGGCCCCUGGAUGAGUCACUAUUCCGUGUUUUUCGUCUCCAUCUCCUUCUUCAUCGUCACCGCGGCGACGGUCGGCUACUUCAUCUUCUACUCCGCGCGGAGACUCAACAGUCUCAGACAGCAGAACCGCAGUCAGAAAAAGCUGAAAGCUGAAGCAAAGAAGGCAAUUGGCCAGCUACAGGUCCGCACACUGAGACAAGGCGACCAGGAAAUCGGCCCGGAUGCUGAUGCCUGUGCAGUUUGUAUUGAUUCGUAUAAAGCAGGAGAUGUAUUGUCAAUUCUCACAUGCAAUCAUUUCUUCCAUAAAUCCUGCAUAGAGCCAUGGCUGCUGGAGCACAGAACCUGCCCAAUGUGCAAGUGUGACAUUCUUAAAGCCCUUGGAGUUGAGUUGGAUGUGGAGGAGCAGCCACAAAUUUCAGUGCCUGAUUUCAGGCCUUUUUCUACCUCUGAGGACCUGCACAGUGAGACGGCCUCACACACACACAGUGAGACCGCUUCCUCUGGAUAUGCAUCUAUGCAUGGAAAUGAACACCUCGCUCCUCCUGAAGGCACACACAACGGUGUGCAGGAGGAGCCUCACUACGAUAACCUUGCCUUCGAGAGCGACGUCCACAACCAGAGUGAAGUCAGAACCUGAGCAACAUACACACUGCUGCAAUGCACUCAUACAGAUGAAUGAGGGGGGUUGAUUUGAGGACUUUAGUCAAAGCACUGCUGAGCCCUUUCCUGAUUAGUUUCCAACUAAGUGCCUAUACGCGCUCUCCCUGUGACUCUUUGAAUUAUAUUUGGGUCAAUUAGGGUCGUAAUUAUCUGCGGUUAAUUCAGGGUAUUAUGAUUUUUUUUAAGUCCAGCUUUAAUUCCAAUUAAUAGUGAUUCACAUUUGAGAUGCACAGAAUAACAUUAUGAAGAUGUGAGAGCGGCUGUGGAGAUGCACACACAGAGCGAGAGAGAUGGAGUGCUCCACCUGCUGUACGUCUGUGGGUUAAUCCAUACUAUUCUUUCCCCUUUGUUUUUGUGGCUGCUGUCUCUUCUUAUUGUUGAAGUAUGUCGUUCCAGUUUUGAUGGAAAUGUAGAAUUCCAGGAAUGUUGUGCCUUACACUCACUCAUGUAUGUGUGCAGAUGUAUUUUAUUCUUUGCAUAGACCUAAGGUUUUAAAAUGUCUGGAUUUAAGUUCUCCUGAUUUUAUUAUUUAAAUAAGGGAUUGAAUAAUUUCUUUACUUUUUGAGAUUGAAUAGUACUGACUUUAUAAUUAACACUGUAAAUAAAAUAUUUUAUGAAA